AUGACUGGCAUUGGUAAGAAGUUGGAGCAGGAUCAACAGCGGCAAGCCGAGCUGGAUUCUCAGGCCCAGGUUAGAUAUCAAAGUGCUAAGAGCAACUUCGCUGCAGCCACGCAGCAACUUGAGGCAGCGAAGAAGGCAAACGAUGAUCUCCAGAAGCAGCUGGAGACUGCGACAUCCAAACUCGAAGCGGAGCGGAAACGAAAUGAGGAACAACGACAUACUCUGGCCAAAGAACAAGUUGCUGAAGCCAAUAGGUCAUGGCAGCAGAAACUUGACUCUCAGAAGGACACCGCGGAGAAGGAACUUCAAAGCCUGCAAGCCACUGUCAAAAGUCUCGAGCAGAGUCUGAAUGCCGAGGCUGAGGAGAGAGCGAAGCAGAAACAGUUGCUGAUCAACGCCACAUCCGCCCUUGAUGCAGUCAAGAGCUCUUCAGCACAGCUUGAGAAGGAUAAUGAGCAGGUUGCAGCACAGCUGUCUGACACUCGUACCGAGCUCGAAAAGCUUGCUGCUACAAACAAGCAGCUGAUCACGGAGAGAGACCAAGGUUCGGCGGAUCUGGUUACGGUACGCGCAGAUAUCGAGAAGCUUGAGCGGUCGUCGGCGCAGCUCGUGAAAGAGAAAGACCAAGUGACAGCUGACCUCGCUGAGACACGAUCGAAGACCAAAGAUCUGCAGAAUGCUGUCCGACGUGCCCAGAAGGAGAGAGACGACGUCAACGCGAGGGCAACGGAGGCACAGGCCAGCCUCGAGGCAUCGAAGGAAGAGAACGUGAAACUGGAGAAGGCCUUGACUGAUCUUGGCUCGGUCCGUGAGGAGCUUCACCGCGUUCGUCCUUUCGAGGUCCAAUGCGCGAAGCUACUGUCGGAAGGUAACGAUCUCAAGAAGAAGCUUGAAACAGCGACCGAAGUCACUAAGCGCAUGCAAAACGAGCUUGAUGAAGUCAAGAUUGAUGCAAAUCUGGUGCCUGGCUUGAAGAAGUCGCUGCAAGAGUACGAGAAGAGUGCCAUCAACCUGAAAAACAGACUCAACCGCGCAGAAGACGAGGCGAAGAUCGUUCCGGAGCUCCGCAAGCAGAACGAGGAGCUCAGCAACAGCAUGGCCCAGGCGAAUGCGCAAAUCGAGGAGCUAAGACCAAUGCGUGCACAGCUACAGGCUGGGCGUGAAGGCAACGAGCGCCGGGAGAAUGAGUUGACUGGUCUGCGUCAGCAGCUCGCCGAUGCAAAGCGUCUGGCCGACAAGACUGCAGAUCUCGAGGCUCAAGGUCGUGCCAAAGACGAGCGAAUUGCACAGCUUGAAGAACGUGUCAAUUCUACCUCUGAGGAGGACUCCAGGUACGCCGCUGUCGUGAAGGAGUCACAACAGAAGGACAACGAACUCAACACGCUAAGGGAAGAGGUAAAGAAGCUCAAGGUUGAGUCACAGCAGCGAGAAAACAGCCAGCUCGAGAUUGCGGAGUCAUUUCCACUGCCGUCGCAUGGUGGUGCAGAUCAGCAGAAUCGUUCAGCUAGCCGAUUGCGCGAAACACCUGCUGAUCGCGACGGGGCGGGCUUCAGUGCUCCGGCACGUCCGAACAGAAGAGUUGCUGAUCGAUCCUCAAACGUGAAAGCCCAGCGGCCGUUUCUUCCGUCUCAGGAGGACUCUCAGAGCUUGACACAGAACACAGAGGUGGUCCCAGACUCUCAGGGCACUCAGAGCCCACCCAGAGGUCUUGCUGAGCCCAGUCAUGAUUCUCUGCUGACAGACUUGGUGGAUCUGCCGCCGUUCGAUCACGAAGCCGCGGCGAAGCUGCUGGAGGCCGCCCCGGCACAUUUCGCUGCUCCGCUACGACGCACCAGUACGAAUGUUAGUGCUCGGCCUUCGUCCAGCUCUUCGGACUUGUUUCACAAGCAUGAAAUGAGUCUAGGAACGCAGCGUCCUCCCCACCAGCAUUCUACAAUCAGUCCCCUUCGUCUGCGUAAUGGGGUCAUGCACGGCGUCGACAGUCAAAGUGGACCUGCCUACUCGCCCCUCAGUGACACAGCGCCCGCCCGACAGCAGCCCAAUACAGCUGCAAAACGCGUCGCCGAUGAAACGCCACGCCCGACCGCCAGGGAGGACUCUGAACCACCGCAGAAGCGAAAGCGGGAUAUUGAUGCCAUGUCCGUGCGAGAGCGCAAGCGGACUGCUCUCGUUAACACCCGCGAGAGAACUCCCACCCCCAGCCAGCGAGGUGGAAGCAUCAUCGGCACUUCCGCUCCUGCUCCCAAGGCGGUUCAACGUACUAGCAAAGCCCCACGGAGAGGGUCGGCAGCAGAAGGCUAUGCAAAGCAAUUUGGCAGCAAGCGUCCGGAUUCUCGCGGGUCUCUGUGA